UAAAUAGAAGCCACGCCUCCUGUUUACCUCGUGUAAUCUUUGACCAGGGGUUGCUUGGAAGUCUUCACAGCUAUGAAUCGGCUUUUGGUGGCAGUUUGUGUUGCUGCUUUUGCAGUAAUAAUUGGACAACGUAUUUUUAAACUGAUGGAAAUGAGCCUUUACUCAAGAGAAAUUCCACAAAAACACCUUCCCAAUUGUCAACUGUUGAAGCAUAUUGACUAUGGUUCAGAAGACCUCAGUAUUCUCAGAGAUGGACUGGCUAUCAUAAGCACAGGUCUGAACUAUCCUGGUUUGCCACAAUCGGAAGGGCCAGGAAAGAUCUACACCCUGGACUUGCUAGAUCCCAGACUGACCCCUGUGGAACUGCAAAUCAAAGGAGAUCUAGACCGCGACUCCUUCAACCCCCAUGGCAUCAGCAUCUUCACUGAUGAAACCGAUAAAUCUGUGUCCCUGUUUGUCGUCAAUCACCCUAAUCAGCUGAUUGGUGACAGCCAGGUAGAUAUCUUUCGGUUUGUUGAGGAAGAAAAUGCAAUUGUGCACCUGAAAACGAUUAGGCAUGAACUUCUUCAUAGUGUAAAUGACAUAGUUGCUGUGGGACCAGAGAGCUUCUAUGCUACAAAUGAUCACUCUUUUCCCAACGAACUGUUACACAUGCUGACUGUUGUCCUCGGCCUGCCUUGGUGUAAUGUCAUUUAUUACAGUCCUCAAGAGGUGAAAGUAGUUGGGGAUGGCUUUCUGUCUGCAAAUGGCAUCAACAUUUCACCAGAUAAGAGGUAUCUAUAUGUUUCAGAUAUUUUGGACCAUGACGUUGAGGUUUUUGAGAGGCGCAGAGGGGAAGACUUGGUUUAUGUAAAGUCUGUAGCUGUGGGGUCCCUCUGUGACAACAUUGAGGUGGAUUAUGACACGGGUGAUUUAUGGCUGGGCUGUCACCCGAAUGGAGCAAAGCUAAAAAAUACCGUGGACCUUGACGAUCCACCUGGAUCUGAGGUCAUUCGGAUUCAGAAUAUUCUCUCGGAGAAGCCGAUAGUGACCCAAGUUUACGCUGACGAUGGACAUGUGAUCAUGGGCUCCUCUGUAGCUGCCCCCUAUGGAGGGAAGCUUCUCAUCGGGACGGUCUACCACAAAGCACUCUGCUGUGACCUGAAGUAG